AUGGCCACCACUCAGAGAAUGCAUUCAGACAACCAAAGGUCACAUCACUUGGCGCCCACGUUUACCAGCCUACCUACUGAGAUCACAACCCUCAUCGUCCAGGCUCUGCCGCGCGAUGACCAUAACGCAUCGGCUAUCAACCUAGCUCUGACUUCGAGACGCAACCAAGACAUCGCGGAGAAGGUGAUAUGGCGCAAGCUCUUCGUGCGAACUGGCCAGCAGUGUGAGAAGGUAUGGAAUUGCCUCAGAGCAAGGCCACUCCGUUUCCAGGCCGUUCAUGAGGUAGAGCUCCGCGCUCAAUUCUCACACGAACUUGGCUUGGAGAAGUUCGUGAGGAUUCUGGAUCGAGCACCUAAUGUUCAGCACCUCACGAUCGAGAGUUCUGCUUGCCGUUAUACGAGAUGGCUCGUCGACGGAAACUGGCCACGUAUCGGUCGAGAUAUCAACUCUCUACUCAAACGUUCUGCUCCCGUCCUUAUUCAAUCCGUUGCUGCGGCCUCGACGGAUCCACCUUUGCAGAAGCUGAAGCGCUUGAAAAUACACAGCAACGGCGACAGCCACGCCGGUCUUGCAUCGAUGCUUGCUCGUCCGCGCGCCCUCGAGACCUUGUACCUUGGCGAGAGUCGUGCUCACUACCAGAUCGGGGACAUGGGCGGCGACCUUUUAGCAACCGAUAAGGCGCAGACAUCCGCAGCGCUUGAGCAGCAAGGGCAUUCGCUGCAGAGACUCGUAUACCGUCCACUCGAUCCGCAGCUCCUCGGCGAUCACGACGAUAACGUUUUCACCCUCGCCGGACUUGCGCUGAAUGGAUUCAACAGAGUAUUCGAGAAUCUGUGGCAGCUACGUGAUUUCUUCAUCGAUUCCGAAUUGCGGUCACAAUCCCCGCUCGAACGUGCAGCUUUAACGGCUGCACCACAGCUCAGAAAACUCACGGUCACUCACUAUGCCGACGCUGAGCCUGGAUCUGAAAACGGCUUUGAAGACCUCCGCAGAAAGUGGCGAAUAUAUCAAUUAGCCCAUCGAUGUACGAUUUCGAAUACCCUCGAGCGACUGGAAGUCAGGGUUGUUAGCCGCUAUAGAAUGGCAUACUUCCGCAACCAGGCCAUGGACCUCAUUAUUGAGAUUGCUGUAGAGAUUCUUUCCAGGAACGACAUCGAAUUCAGACUAUUUUUCCAGCGUACUGACGAGGUUCAAACCCCGCCAUUUCUAUAUGACGAGGUUGAGCCUAGAAAUUACCUGAUAUUUGAUUCCGAAGCUGGUGGUUGGCAGCCUUGGGUAGGGUUAGAUGUAGAUGAAGCAGAGCUGGUGGUAGAGUCAGGGGAAGAGGAAGAGGAAGAGGAAGAGGAAGAGGACGAUGAGGAUGAGGAUUAAGAUGACGUGGACGAGGAUGACCAAUAUUUCCCUGCUGCGUUGGAAGAUUGGGCAUCUGGGAAAGCGAUGGUCAAGUGAUCUACCAUAUUGCUCGGCGACGGCAUUGAACACUCGUUGGAAUAUAUAAUAUGGGAGUGAGUGAGUGAAUUACCUUCGUAUACCUUCGUACUUGAGUUCCAUAUUCUUGGCAGAUGAAGCCGCCUCGCAAUCGGC